AUGGCCGAAUUGAUUGGUUCUCAACAAUUCUUGCAGAACAAUGUACAACAGCUUCAACAGUCUCAUGCCGAACACAAAGUACAAAUGGAAGGGUUAGCUCGUCAAAUGUCUCAGCUUGCAACGUCCGUGAAUCAAGUCAAGGGAAGUCAAGGUAGAUUACCAUCCCAAGUUACAGUUAAUCCGAAUGAGAAUGUAAGCAAGAUUACUUUGAGGAGUGGUACGGAGUUGAGUGGGCCCACAAACCAGAACUCAAAGAGCGGUUCGAGCAAAGACUCUGGAGCUAAAUCUCAGUUGCAAAAAUCCGAAAACUCUAGAGAGACGAAAUAUUCCGCCAACCAGAAUGCAGAUCAGUCUGAUUUGGCCAAACGAAACGAUGACCCGGCAGCUGCGCAGAAGGGGAAAGAGGCAGAACAUGAGUUGGUUGAGGGUAAGCAGAUCAAGGUUUAUAAACCUUCGAGCCUACAUGAUCUCAUGAUCGAGAUACCUGUUUCUUUUCCCAGACGAUUAGCAAAGAAGAAGUUGGAGGAUGAGCUCAUCGAUUUCAUGAAGAUAUUUGGGAAGUUGGAGAUUAAUCUUCCAUUCCUCCAAGCACUAAAAAUCCCUCCGUUGAGCAAGUUUGUGAAAGACUUCAUUGCUGGUAAGUCUAAGGAAUCUGGAAAAAUUGUGAUGGGCGAGAAUGUGUCAGCCGUGAUACAAAAGGAGUUACCGCCCAAAUGCAAAGAUCCAUGUAUGUUUUCUCUACAAAUUUUCAUAGGUGAUACAAGAAUCGAGCAUGCUAUGUGUGAUCUAGGUGCCUCUAUUAAUGUCAUGCAUCUUGCUGUGUAUAAUAGCUUGUCGGGUGUGGAAUUGGUAGAAACUAGAGUUGUCAUUCAGCUAGCCGAUAGAUCAUGUGUGCAUCCCGAAGGUUUGCUUGAGAAUGUCCUUGUGAGAGUGAAUAAUUUUGUUUAUCUUGCUGAUUUCUAUGUGGUGAGGAUGAGUGGCAUGCAAUCCAAUGGGUCAUCGGGUGUCCUUUUAGGUCGUCCUUUUCUACGGACUGCUAAUCAAUCAUAG